CAUCUGAUGCUAAUGUGCUGACAAAUCAACUUAGACUCAUAGCUCAGAGAUAUUUAUUGCAAUACCAAGAACCAAUACCAUGCGAGCAGGUUGUCAGCUCACUCUGUGAUGUAAAACAAGCAUAUACACAAUUUGGAGGUUUGCGACCAUUUGGUGUAUCCAUUUUGUACAUGGGCUGGGAUAAACACUAUGGCUAUCAGUUGUAUCAGAGUGAUCCCAGUGGCAACUACAGUGGGUGGAAGGCAACAUGUAUAGGAAAUAACAGUGUGGCUGCAGUCUCCAUGCUGAAACAAGAAUACAAGGAAGAGGAAAUGACAUUAAAAGAUGCUCUGAAACUAGCUGUCAAAGUGCUAGACAAGACAUUAGAUAUUACAAAACUUACACCAGACAAAGUGGAAAUGUCCACCUUGACUAGGGAAAAUGGCAUAACAAGCAUCAAGAUUCUAAAAGCAGGGGAAGUGGAAGAACUUAUCAAGGAACAUGAACAAGUGAAAGCAGAAGAAGCAAAGCAAGCUGCUGCCAAGAAAUAACUUGAGCUUUAAUUUAUGAAAUCCACACUUCAGAAUAAACGUUAUUCAUUGUAAGCAAAUUCUUGUAGACAACUUGAGCUUUAGACAGAUAAAGAACAUCAUACAGAUAUCAAGGUCAAAACUUUGCCAAAGUAGCAAAUCCCAGUUGUGACUUUUUUUUCAACCUUUUGACCUUUUGCCACAGAAGGUAUAUUCAGGUAAAUUCAGAUAUCAAGCCUGAUGAUGGAAAACAUGUAACCCUUAAAAUCCUUGUAGUGACCAGCAUCUAAUUUCUCUCUACAGUGAUACUGCUCAAACAUUCAUUAAAAUCAUGAGAAUAAAGGAAAUGAUCACCAAGUUAAGAAGCUUUGAUUGUUGAACUAAUUCUCCUUGUCAGUACUAAAGGAAAUGUAUAGAGAACAGUAUGGAGAAUAUGCAUACUGAUGUUAGGGUUUUGAGAGUUAAUAGUAUAACAUUGUAAAGCAAAGAGAAGAAAGAAAAGAAAUCAUGGUUCAAGAUUGCUAACUCAUCAUACUUUUCUCCUCUUUGGGAAGUGAAAAGAUUGUAUGAAAGGCCAGAAAAUGUGCUUCUGAUUGAAGGCUCUUAUUUUCUUUAAGGAAUUUUGCUAAAAUAGGUACAGCAGAGGAAGACUUGUAAAAUGUAAGAUUGCAACUUUUGAGGAUUUCAUUACUGAGGUUUAUUAGGCUGUAAAAAAGGUUAUUUUGCAUCUUUACCCGAGUGUGUUACAUGUACUUCAUCUGAGUAUUUGUCAUGUUUUAAAAAGUGCACUAUUUCAACAGAUGAACUCUUCACUAUUUUGAAAUAUCAAUAAUGCAGCUUCUUUUGUUCCCUAAGAGAUUUGGGUAAGCCCUGUUUUGAUAGUUACUGAUUGGUUUUGAGGUGUCAAGAGAAAUAAGAGAAUAACGCUCAUGCAGAAAUUUAGGGAAGAAACAGAAUGACAUUAGAAUGAAGGAAAAUAAUGAAUGGUGCUCUAUUUAGAUUUUGAGUUCUGUUUGUGAUGUGUAAGGUUUAUUUGUACAUAAAUGUGUACUUGGUUACCUUUUAUUCAUUAAAAUGAAAUUUUUGUUUGUGCAUA